AUGGUGGAGGGAGGUGGCAUCAUGGUGGAAGGAGGUGGCAUCAUGGUGGAAGGAGGUGGCAUCAUGGUGGAAGGAGGUGGCAUGAUGGUGGAAGGAGGUGGCAUGAUGGUGGAAGGAGGUGGCAUCAUGGUGGAAGGAGGUGGCAUGAUGGUGGAAGGAGGUGGCAUCAUGGUGGAAGGAGGUGGCAUGAUGGUGGAAGGAGGUGGCAUCAUGGUGGAAGGAGGUGGCAUCAUGGUGGAAGGAGGUGGCAUCAUGGUGGAAGGAGGUGGCAUGAUGGUGGAAGGAGGUGGCAUGAUGGUGGAAGGAGGUGGCAUCAUGGUGGAAGGAGGUGGCAUGAUGGUGGAAGGAGGUGGCAUCAUGGUGGAAGGAGGUGGCAUGAUGGUGGAAGGAGGUGGCAUCAUGGUGGAAGGAGGUGGCAUCAUGGUGGAAGGAGGUGGCAUGAUGGUGGAAGGAGGUGGCAUCAUGGUGGAAGGAGGUGGCAUGUUGAAUGGGUGA